AUGGCUCCCAUGAAAGUGAAAAGUGGUCGUGUUAGUGGUGUUAAGAAGCCUAAAUGUAUUACUGUAGAAAUGAAGAAGGAAAUAAUAGCUAAACACAAGAAUGGUGCUCGCGUAUCUGAUCUCGCUAUGCAGUACGACAUGGCAAAAUUGACUAUCUGUACUAUCCUAAAGAACAAAGAGGCACUAAAGGCAGCUGACGUGGCUAAAGGAGUGACUAUUUUAACGAAGCAAAGGCCUAAACUGUUAGACGAGGUUGAAAAAUUAUUAUUAGUUUGGAUAAAUCAAAAAGAGCUUGCUGGAGAUAGUGUUAACGAGACUAUAAUCUGCGAGAAGGCUCUACAUAUACACCAUGAUUUGUUGGCGACACCGCCGAGUACAAGUACUGCUAGCAUUGAAGAAUUUAAAGCCAGCAUAGGCCGGUUUGAUAAAUUUCGUCCACGAACUGGAAUCCAUAGUGUAAUAAGGCACGGAGAAGCGGCUAGUUCAGACAAAAAGGCAGCGGAGGACUUUGUGAAGGAAUUCAAUAAGUUUGUCGAAGAUGAAGGCGAUGCCUCACAUCAAGUUUUUAAGUGUGAUGAAACUGGACGUUUCUGGAAAAAAAUACCUAAAAGGACCUACAUAACCCAAGAGGAUAAGGCACUACUGGGCCACAAAUCAAUGAAGGACAGGUUAACACUUUUAUUGUGCGCGAAUGCAAAUGGGGAUUGCAAGAUUAAGCCUCUAUUAGUCUACCACUCUGAAAAUCCUCGCAUUUUAAAACUCAAUAAUGUAUUGAAAGCUAAAUUCCCGGUAAUGUGGAGGGCGAAUAGCAAGGCUUGGGUCACGCGAAUGAUUUUUAUGGAAUGGUUGACAGAAGUUUUUGCACCAGCUGUCAAGGAAUAUCUUGAAACAAAUAAUUUGCCGCUUAAGUGUCUUCUAUUAAUGGACAAUGCUCCUGCCCAUCCUCCAAAUUUGGAAGAAGAGUUGGACCUUGAAUACGGCUUCAUAAAAGUUUUCCAGGUCACCAACGACACAGAUUUGACCUUUGGUCAGUACUGGAAGGACCACUUCAAUAUCCUCCACUGCAUAAGCCUUAUUGAUAAGGCAUGGAACGAGAUCUCUUUCCGUACAUUGCAGUCGGCCUGGAGGGAACUUUGGCCAGAUUGGGUACCUGAGAGAGACUUCGAAGGUUUUGAGGAGGAGACAUCAGUAAAUGUAGUGAACAAGAUUGCGACCCUGGGGCAAAAUAUGGGCUUGGAUGUUGAUGAGGAUGAUGUGAUGGAGCUGGUGGAGGACCACAGACAAGAACUCAGCAUGGAAGAUCUUGUUGAAUUGCAACAGGAGCAGGUGAAGGUUAUGCAGCAGGAGCAUUCUGGAGAGGAGGAAGAAGAGAAGGAAGAUGUAUCAAGUGUUCAAAUCAAAGACAUUUGUAGCAAAUGGAGUGAAGUGCAGGCUUUUGUUGAGAGGCAUCACCCUAACAAAACUGUGACCAACAGAGCAGUGAACAUUUUAAAUGACAAUGUGAUGUCUCACUUUCAGAAAAUUCUGCAACAAAGGAAAAAACAAGUUUCUCUGGAUCGUUUUCUUGUGGCAUCACCAACAUCCAAGAGACAAAAAAGGGAAAAGACUCCGGAAAUAGCCGAGCAAUGGGAAAAUUGA